ACAGCAGCAGCAGCAGCACUGCAUGUUCUCACUGCUACUUCUUGAUCUUGACCAACAACAACACUUGCGUUUGGAUUCAGAACAAAAUAAACAAAGUCAGAGCUGACGCAGAAUAUUGACAGGUGUGAAUCCUGACAAGGUUUCAACACAGAAUUUCCUGGAUACCUGAACUCAUCGUCAAAAAAUUUUUGGGAUAAUUUUUUCCCUUACUCCAUUUUUGUCCGUCUGUCCCCCUCCGCUCCUUCGGGAUUUAAACUUGGCCCGCUCCCUCUCAGAGAAGGUCUACUUCCGAGAGGUUAAGUUGGAGCCAAAGAUGCGGUCUUUUCUCCCGCUCACUGUGUAUUGCAUCAGCCUGGUCUCCCUCCAGCAGCUGAAGGCUCUGCCGGCUCAGGAGCGUCCCGACAGCAACAGGUUGGGCGUCUUCACUAAGCUCAUCAACAAGAGGGAGGAGAAUGCCAUGGCGCCGGGGUCACAGUCUGAUGUUGCGACACCCUCCCCAGCCCCCAGCCAAUACCCAAAAUGGCUGGAAAGUUUCCUUGGACACCCCCCGGCCUCCGGAGUGAGAAUUUCCUCACCAGGCCUGGCAUGGCUCAAAAAAGCUUCGCAGAACACGGGGAGGGCACUGAGAGUUCGCCGCCACGCCCACUCAGGUUUACGAGGGGGCCACCACCCACAUCAUCCCCAGUUGAUGAGAGUGGGUUGUGUCCUGGGAACCUGCCAAGUGCAGAACCUCAGCCAUCGGCUCUAUCAACUCAUCGGUCAAAAUGGCAGAGAAGACUCGUCCCCCAUUAACCCCAGAAGCCCCCACAGUUAUGGAUGAGUGCGACAUCUCCAAACACCUACAGCAAGUCUAUCUAUAUCUCCAUUUAUUUAUAUCUUAAUGUAUUACUGGUAACCUUUGCCUUAGAGUUUGAUGUAGUCCAAAACUUUCAUCUUUCGUCCAUCUCAAAAUGACAAUGAAACGACUGAAUGCCGUGCCUGCAUAUUUUAUGUGCUGAUUAAUGGAUUUGAAGAUACAACUUCUGGCUGAAUCCUUUGUGAAACCCCCAUUUUGAAUUCUCCCAUCAUCAUGAGAACAUUUGAAAGUUUUUUGGUUUUGAUUCUGCCCCCAGAACUUGGACAGCCUUGGACAGGCGUCUUAAUCCUGUUAAUGUAAGACUGAAGGCUUGUCUUCAACAAUCCAGUGGUCUGGUCCUGUCUGCCAACUGACCUCCUCAGUGGUGGUUGUCCCGCGGCUCCUUGAUCAAACACCUAAGCCCCUAAUGUGGAUUUCAACCUGCACUCUGAGCUGGAGCCCUGUCAUACCCAAUGUACUCCCAAAGACUUUGUAAUUUGACCAAUGAACCUCAUUUUUUGAGCCCCAUUUUAUUUCAUGCCUGCACUUACAUCCCUGGAAUAAUCCACACGGCUUCAUUUGAACUGGGAAUGUACUCAUGGCCAAGGUUUACUUUUGAAACAGCCACAGCUUUUGAGUUGCAUGCAGAGUCAGAGCUCGACCACAUGAACUCCAUGCUGGAAAAGGAAAAAAAAUACUUCAGAAUCCAAAGUUCAGAAUCCAUAGUGGCCGCUUGGCCGACACAGUAGGUGGCAGAAUGAACGGUGGAGUCGUGGAUCAGCACUGCGGGCAUUUUCUCUGACAGAGGCCAAGUCUGAAAUAUUAGCUCUUUCACAUGAUUCAUAAGUUCUUGCUGCAAGUCAGGAUUUGGCUGACAGCAGUUUAAUAAACCUGAUUUAGUCACUUUGGCCUUAACAGCAGGGGAGGGGGGGCCUCCUCAGUCUCCUGGGAACGUGAACACAUAAAUGCAAAGAGUGAGGUAUAUGGUUUCCACACAGGGUCACUUCAUCCAAAUAAAUGAUAAAAUCAGAAAAAUAAUAACCCUCUUUUGGGUUCGAUUCCAGAGAAAAGUGAUUUUUUUGUUCUGAAUGCUGCUGUUAAUUGUGAUGCCCAAGUACUUCAUGGAUGGAACUAAAACUUCCAUUCACCCUCAUUACGUUUAGGGGGGAAAUAUAACCCAGAUUUCCCACAUAACACUGGCAAUUUGGUUGAACUGAUCCUUUAAAUUGUGGCAAAACAAUGUAUUAAAGUAUACUGAGCUUGACUGAACUUAACUCAUUUAGGUGUUGCCAAAUUAAGUUUGUCAAAUAAUUCCUUUUUUAUUGAGGUUGAAGACCACUUGAGAUUGAACACACUUGCCUUUGUAUAUGCGACAUGUCAGUGAUUUUAUUUUUGAUUGAGCAUGUAUAAGAAAAGGUCAUUUUUUUUAUUCUUUAUAUGUCCUGUUGGAGGCUCCUCAUAGCACUUAUUGUAGGAUAUUCAAACUUUUGUUGGCAACCACAGGGACCCUUUGUUGUUACAAUGCGAGUUUCUAAUGAGAGACCACAGUGACCAAAAUGUUUGGCGUUCAAGAGCCCGAAUUCAAAAAGGUGCACAAAAUAGCAUGCAACACACACCCUGACAUUUCCAUGUUCCCUAUUUAUACCCGUCCUUAAAAAUGGUGGGAAGACGACAGACUGAGAAUAACACAGGCCUCGAAAUACACGCUACAAUUUAACAGGCUGUAAAAAAUGUGUUUUUUUUUAAAAAAUGCAACCAAAAUUAUAUCACCCGUAUAACAUAAUAUAUUAUUUACAUUCUUUGUAAAUUUUAUUAGUUCCGUCACUUUGUGAUAUAGCUUGAUCUUAACUUGUAGAGAGCUGUUGAAUGCUUUUUUAAAUUCGUGUUAACGUCACGCAUUCUGAUCAUUUGCAUAUCGUUCCAUCAUAUAAAUAUUGUUCGAAAUUCACAAAUAUAAAUGGUUUGUAUGAGCGUUAGUUUAAAUUCACCAAAAAAUACCUGGCAAUACUUGACAUCAUAUAUAUUAUAUUUUGUUAUGUUACAUCUUAAUCUGUGUUUCUUGUGAUUGUUGUUUUUUUCUUUUUCAAAAGCCUUCUUUACAUUUCGCAUUUCUCCGCUUUGUCCCUGCCUCUCCUUCUUUUACUGUCUGUAAUCAUUGGAGCCCAGAGGUCACAGGGUAAUACUUCCUUAGUCCUAUACAUCUGAUCUGUUCAUAGGCUUGCUGAGGUGAAACAUGCCAUUCUCUCAGCUGUAAUGGAGCUAAUCAUUGUCUCGUGACAAAUCAUUAAAAGGCUUUUUCAAACGCUGACAAAAAUCCUGGUGGAUCUCUCUUGUUUUUUUGCAACGUGCCUUUUUCCACACAAAUCAUGUGUUUGACCUUAUCUACUGAUUCUUGUCUGAGCUCUGGACCAUUGUGCCACUAGUCCUUUUGUUUUGUUUUUUCAAAAUGACGUCAGGCAUUGCGUCAUGUUGAAGUUGUGUGAGCAAACUGUGCACGACCGCAAAUACCUCCCCCCCAUAGAGGCUCAGUAUUGCACAGACACGUACUGUACGACUGAGGAGAAUCACCAGCAUAUGAAAAAUGUCUCUGUUGGUUUUGUACGACAUAGGACGCGCGCGUGUGUUGCGCGUCUCCUCGUUUGUGAGUCACAUGACCUCUCGCAGGGUGAAUUCCGCUCCUUGUAACGAACAUGUGAACCAGUUUCCUCUUGUAAAUGUUGCAUUUGAGAUGUGAUCUGAGAUUGUGAAUGUGUGAGUGUGAAUGUGUGAGUAUACAUAUAUAUGUAUAUUCAGUCAAUUAUUUAAAGUUAUGUAUUUAAGUUAUAUUUGUGAAGUUAAUAUCUGUCUAUGUGACCAAAGACUAUUUAUCUCAUAUUUUCUUUCCACUGCUCCUUAAACAUGACCUUGGUAGGAAAGGAAAAGUCUUAACUGUAGUUCAACUGUUACUGUUUGACAAUGUUCUUCUCUCUGUAAAAUAAAGACCUAUACUGUA